GGUGGAGGGUCUACCUCUACAUCCUCUAGCUCCAGUGGUCUUAGUCAACCUCAACAGCAUAUUAACUCUAGUACCCAACAGCAUAGAUUCCAAGCACCGACACGAUCUUCAGCAGGCGCUCCACUGUCCUCCUCAUCAGCGAUUAAUACUACAACCACAGCCAUGAACAAAAGUUAUCAUGUCCUACCAUCACCGGGGGAAGCCUCCACUGCCGUUCCAUCCCCUGCUUCAGACAUCGCGCCAUCGCCUGUUACACCAACUACUCCCGUCGAUCCAUCAUCGAACACUACUAUGUUGCCUCUUCCUACAACUACAACAAGCGGAAGCGCAUCUUCAGCAUCACAAAGUCGCUAUCCUGCACCAGCCGAUCGAUCUCCAACGGCUGCGGAAGUGGCGGCACCCUACAUCCCGGGACUUCACCCGAUUACUAGCUUAAGGUUCCCACUAAUCCAUCUCUAUCUCUUCGGUCUCUGGGGUUGUCCCUCAUCAAGAAGAAUGUAGAGGAUCAUGGAAAGAAGAAUGUACUUGUACAGGGUUUUCCAUCAUCAAGAAAGUUUUCCCUCAUCAUGUACAGGGACAGGGUGGAUUAGGGCUAGAAGGUCUAACUAGUACUAGUUCUACAACAUCUACAACAGCCAGCGUUUCUCCUUAUCCGCGCCCAUUGA